CAGACUGCGAGAGACGUGACGAACAGUCGCCAGCUGGUAGCCGGUCUACGUGGUUCGUGUAGUCCAAGAGUCGGAACGUGUGUGCCUUCUCUUUUAUUUCCUUAGUGCGUACACAGCCGUGCACACGCAGAGAGCGAAUCGCGCGCGAUAAGCGCGCUGCCUGCUUGUGACUCGCUGCUCAGCAGAGAGGAGAGGAAACGACACGCCACCACGAUACCACGAUGGGUAGCUGUCGCUGACGAACGCGUCAGCGUCGGACGACCGUUUCGAUUAAACGGUUCGAACCGAACGAGCUCUCUACGUCACGCUACGCUUCGAUGAGACUGUAUCUUCGGUAGGAUGUCGUCGGUGUUUUCGAAACUGAUUGACAAAACGUCUGCCAAAUACGGACUCAAGCAAGAGUACCUGGUUCAUGGCGUAGCCGGCGUCGCUGCCACGCUCUAUCUCCUCAAGCUUAGUUAUCCGUUGGUGAUUUAUGGCGUGAAACAGUACCAAAAAAGGAAGAAAGAGACCGAGAACAAUGUGCAACCAUCGAAGAAGUAUCGACAGAAGAAGAAUGCUGUCGAUAACAAGUCGAAGGAUAAUGCCGGGAAACCCAAUGUCGGUUUGGACCGGGAGUUUAUCAAACAGCUGAUCGAGUUGUUGAGGAUCAUGGUUCCCGGAUGGAAAACACGAGAAACCGGAUUACUGACCUGUGCAACUCUGACACUUCUAGCUAGAACGUUUCUAUCGGUGUACGUGGCCACUCUAGAGGGUCAGAUCGUAAAAAGGAUCGUGUUGAAAGAUGUUAAAGGGUUCACUUGGAUGCUCGCGAGAUGGUUCGCCAUCGCGUUACCCGCGACAUUCGUCAACUCGGCAAUCAGAUAUUUAGAAGGACAAUUGGCUCUUAGCUUUAGAGGACGACUAGUACAGCAUGCUUACAAAAUGUAUCUGAGUCAACAAACCUACUAUAGAGUGGCUGCACUGGACAGUAGACUUGGUGGUGCAGAACAAAGACUGACAGAUGAUUUGUCUGCACUGGCUAGUUCUGUGGCACAUCUUUAUUCAAGUUUAACCAAACCAUUGUUAGAUUGUGCAUUGGUUGGCAUUGCACUUAUCUCAUUUUCAGCUAACAUGGGAGCAGGAAGAUUGCAAGGACCACUACUGGCAAUUGUAGUAAUUAUUCUAACUGGACAAAUUCUACGUCUUGCUUCUCCUAAAUUUGGUCAAUUAGUGGCUGAUGAAGCAUCAAGACGUGGAAGAUUAAGAGAAGCACAUGCUCGUAUCAGUGCUCAUGCAGAAGAAAUUGCUUUCUAUGGAGGUCACAGUACAGAACAUCGGUAUUUGAGUACUGCUUAUAAAUCUUUGAUUUCAAACUUGAAAAGAACAUUGGCUGUUAAAUUUUGGUACGUGAUUCUGGAGCAACUGCUUAUGAAAUAUGUAUGGUCUGGCACUGGGCUUUUAGUUAUUGCCAUGCCUCUUCUCUAUACCAAAGGCAUAUCAGAAAGAAGUCAUAGAAAUGAUGAUGAUGGUGGAGUAAGUGAAAGAACCAGAUAUUUAACAACUUCUAAAAAUCUAUUAAGCUCUGGAGCAGAUGCUGUAGAAAGACUUAUGUCAUCUUACAAAGAACUAGUAGCAUUAGCAGGAUAUGCAGCCCGAGUCAGUGAGAUGUUUGAUGUAUUUAAAGAUGCUGCAUUGUGUAAAUAUAGAAGGAAUAUUGUUAACAGUUCAAUGAAAAUAGCAAAUGGUACUACUAACUAUGACUUAGACAAAAUAAUUGAAUUAAAGGAUGGCACACCAAUGAUAAAAGGAAUUAUACGUGAAAGUACAGAUGGCAGUAUAAGUUUAAUUGAUGUGCCAAUAAUUACACCAAAUUGUGAAGUUAUUGUACCUAGGUUAACUAUUCAUAUACAGCCAGGCGAUCAUAUACUAAUUACUGGUCCGAAUGGCUGCGGCAAGAGUUCCCUAUUCCGAAUAAUCUCUGGCCUAUGGCCAGUCUAUGGAGGCACCUUAAUAAGACCAGCAGAUGAUUGCAUCACUAGAGGAGGAAGACCUGCCUUAUUUUACAUCCCACAAAAACCGUAUAUGACUGUUGGUUGCUUGCGUGACCAAAUCAUAUACCCCGCAGAAUCGCAAACAGAAGAUUGCUGCGACGAAGAUCUCCUGAAAUUGUUAGAAGAAGUCGAUUUACGAGGUUUAGCGGAAAGGGAAACAGAAGGGCUCGACGCUUUCGGUGACUGGGACUCCACAUUGUCUGGUGGAGAAAAGCAAAGACUCGCGAUGACACGUCUGUUUUAUCAUAAACCGCAAUAUGCAUUGUUAGACGAAUGCACCAGUGCCGUGAGCCUCGAGGCCGAAGGAGUGAUCUACGAAACUGCCAAAAGGAAAGGCAUAACCUUGUUAACUAUCACGCAUCGCGUGGCUUCUCUCGCGAAAUACCAUAAAUUACUGUUACGCUUCGACGGAGAAGGUGGUUGGACUUUCGGUCCGUUGGACGCAGAAAGUAUAACGCAUCUAACGAGUCAAGCUUGCGAAGAAAACGACCAACAUGAAGUGAAAGGAGGCCGCUAUCAGAUGUUACACGAACUCCGUGACAUUCAUACGGAGGAUUCGAAAGUUGGAAUUAGCUGAAGAGGAGGAUGGCGG